AUGGCCUCAUCGCAAGUCGAUAUGAGUUCGGAAGAGCACAUGCAGACUGUGCUCGAAAGGCAAUUGAAUGGUCUCCGCAGUGAGGAUAGAGGAAGGUUGAAAAUAGCUACCUAUGCAACGAAGCUCGACAGGACUAUCCUUUGCUUCAGUUCAGUUUGCGCGAUUAUUGCAGGUGCCUUAAACCCGCUCGUUCCCGUUAUAUAUGGCCUCCUCGUGGGCGUUUUCAACGGUUUUGCGACGGGAUCCGUAGAUGCUGCCGAGCUGCGGUCGAAAAUCUCGACGUUCAGUCUAUACUACGUGUAUCUUAGCAUCGGCCUUUUCGUCUUUACGUACCUGGCCACGGUCGGAUUCUAUUACAGCGGGGAGCGGAUCACGAGGGCCUUUCGAAUCGCAUACCUUUCUGCUAUCAUACGCCAGAAUAUGGCUUUUUUUGAUGUUCUGCGUCCUGGUGAGAUCUCGAACCGCAUCAUGUCCGACAUGGGCAUCCUCCAGGAAGCUAUAACAAGUAAAGCUUCGACCAUGCUGAGCGCAAUAGCCACAUUUUGUGCGGCUUUCAUUAUUGCCUUUGUCAUGUACUGGAAAACUGCUCUGAUUUUAACUCCAUUUUUCGUCGCAAUGCUCCUGAUGUUUUCCGUCGGUGGUGCAUAUACUGUCAGGCAUCAAAAGCAAUCCCGGGAAAGCGGCCUCGGGAUGCAGAAUUUCGUGCGACAACGCUAUUCUCUAAGCCUAGGUCAAGCCGCACAAGCAGAAAGAAAAGCACAGAACAUGGUAGCGGGUCUUGUGGCAUCAAUGAACGCCAUGCCAUGCCUUAUCUAUGCGCUCUCAUUCUGGGCAGGUUCAAUCUUUCUGGUGAAAGGCGAGAUGUCUGUGACUGAUAUCACAACAACUACACUGGCUGUAACAAUCGGCGUGUUCGCCAUCAUUAGAAUCGCACCAUCCUUGCAAGCGCUGACUUCUGGGGUCGCUAUUACUGGGUCACUACUGGAGACUAUUGCUAGAAGGUCUCCACAAGAUCCUUUGGUCGCAGACGGUGACAAGUUAACUAAUGUUGUGGGCGACAUCCUGUUCGAUCAGGUGGAUCUUGUCUAUCCAUCGAGAAGUCAGGCCAAAGUGUUGGACCGCGUCACUUUGAAAUUCGCCGCGGACAAGAAGACGGCCAUAGUUGGACCUUCUGGGGGAGGUAAAAGUAGCAUUAUUGGUCUCAUCGAAAGGUUCUAUGAGCCAACACAUGGGGCAAUUACUAUCGACGGGCAAGAUAUCCAAGCCUUCAACCUGCGCUGGCUCCGGCAGCAGAUAGGCCUAGUUGAUCAGGAUCCGAUCCUCCUCGACGUUUCCAUACUUGACAAUAUAUAUUACGGUUGCUCCAAUGUGAAUGAUGCAGCCUCGGAAAGCGCGCGACUUGAGAAAGUCGUCGACGCUGCGAAGAAGGCGUAUGCGCAUGACUUUAUCAUGGCAUUACCUGAAGGCUACCAGACCCGAGUAGGCGAAAAGGGGCUCCAGCUCUCAGGGGGGCAACGACAGAGGAUUGCCAUUGCCCGUGCUCUUGUUCGAGACCCAAAAAUUCUUCUUCUGGAUGAAGCAACCUCCGCCUUGGACACAUCGUCUGAGAAAGCUGUACAAGCAGCUAUUGACGCUGCAGCGGAGCAACGUACAACCGUUGUCAUUGCUCACAGAUUAUCCACCAUUAAGAAUGCUGACUCAAUUGUUGUACUCGCUCAGGGCAAAGUUGUAGACCAAGGGACUCACGUCGAGCUGAUGGCCCGAAAUGGGCUAUAUGCUGAGUUGAUCGAGAAGCAACAGAUCAAAGAAAAUGGACAAGAUGCAUCAAAUUCAUUACACACGUAUGAUGAGGGUAUUAUCAUGCUGAAUGAUAGUCUGGAUCAUGGUUCCAAUUCGGAUGAUGAAAAGAAUGGCGCAUCUGUUACUGCCCGUGUUGUGGAGACGCCCAAUGACACUUCUUACAACCCAAGCGCUAGAGGGGCAUUAUCAUUCAUUUUCUUUAUGAGUAGACCCGACUGGAAGCUUCUGCUAAUUGGUCUUGCAUGUGCAAUACUUGCAGGGUUGGAAAUCCCAGUCCAAUCCAUAUUCUUUGCAAAGCUACUAACAAUCACUGGGCUGCCUCAAGCGCAGUACAGUCAGCUGAGACAUGGCGUUAAUCUGUGGACCGGUCUCUAUGUCGCCCUUGCGGGGGCGGGAUUCAUACUCUGGCUGGGGCUCGGAAUUACUCUGUCGUGCGCAACGCAAAAGCUGUCCCAGCGGGUUCGCGAGAUCUGUUGCCAUCGUAUAACAGUACAGGACAUGGCUUUCUUCGAUCAAUCCAAAAACUCACCAAGUGCGCUUUCGAGCGUACUCUCAAAAAGUACCGACGAUCUUGCUGGUAUGGGCGGCCCGGUCCUGGGAGGCAUAUUGACCUUCAUUUCCACCAUUGUCGGUGGUAUAGUAGUCUCAUUGGCCAUCGGCUGGAAGCUGGCUCUUGUUUGUACAGCAACAAUACCUGUUGUUGUUGCUUGCGGUUGGUUGCGCCUCCAGGUGCUGGCAGCAUUCGAUGCUCGUAUCAGGCAAAGUGGAGUGGACUCGGCCGCAUACGCAGGACAAAUAGUGCGCUCUAUGCGAACUGUCGCUUCAUUAGGUCUUGAGGAGCAGGCUCUUAUGCUUUAUGACGGAUUUCUAGCAAAGAGAGCAGCGAAGUCUCUCCAGUCCAUACUGAUUGCGUCAGGACUCUAUGCUGCGUCGCAAUCCGUUGUGUAUCUAUGCGCGGCCCUUGCCUUCUGGUACGGUGGAACACUGAUUGCCAACCGCGAAUACUCUGAUUUUCAGGUCUAUGUAUGCUUUGUCUGUCUCAUAUCGGGCUCUCAGAUUGCCGGUUCAAUAUUUACCUUUGCACCCGAUGCCGGUAAGGCGAUGCAUGCGGCCCAGGACCUUCAGUAUAUAGUGCAACUCAAUGACCCCGAGAAUGAAGUGCAGUGGCGGCCUGCGGAGUCUGGUAUAUUGGAACACAAGAGAACCGAACACGAGCUUCUUCACGGCCUUGAACCUUGUCAAGUGGCCUUUAAGAACGUGUCUUUUUCGUAUCCCUCCAGGCCAGACACAUGUGCUUUGGACAACUUCACGAUUACUGUUGAGCCCGGGCAGACGCUAGCUUUGGAACCUGUUGUUUUCUCUGGUACCAUGAGAGAGAAUAUUGCGGUGGAUUUAGUAGGACAAGUCAGCGACGAUGACAUUCUGGCCGCGUGCAGACAAGCUAAUAUUCUCGACUUUGUUCACUCCCUCCCUGAUGGGCUAUCAUCGAUAGUGGGCACCGGCGGCAGCAUGCUCAGUGGCGGGCAGAAACAACGCAUCACUAUCGCCCGUGCAUUCCUGCGCAAGUCUAAGCUUUUACUACUAGACGAAGCCACGUCGGCACUAGAUAGUGAGUCGGAGGCUAUCGUACAAGCGGCCAUUGAUGCAGUCAAGAAGAACCGUACUACCAUUAUGGUCGCCCACCGUUUGAGCACAGUCAUGAACGCCGACAUAAUUUGCGUGAUGCGCGAAGGAUCUAUAGUCGAGAUUGGCAACUCCAAACAGCUUAUGGCAAGACGAGGGCUGUUUUGGGAGAUGAUGAUAGAGGGUCAACAAGCCAAAGUAUAUAAUUCGGACAAAAGCAUUGGGGCGUGCGAAGAGAAUCUAGGGUUGGCCUUGACUGUAUGUAGAACUCAAAUGGAUGCACCUCGCAAGACCACGCCAUAUAUCUCGUAUAAGGCCCGUAUCGGCGCUUAUACAACAUUCGGUACUUCGAUUCGGCACCCGAUGGAGACCGAAUUCAUUGUUGUGCGCCGAGAGAAGCCGAAACCUCGCCGGGGUACUAUGUUCAAGAGCGAAGUGACGAAUGAAAUUCAUCUGCAAAAUUACCCCUGCCAGUCCUCGCCUCUCCCUUCAUCAUCAUCUAAACCCAGUAUAGGAACUUCCCCCUUGAACUUUACCCCCGGGUUCACGAGUCUAAAGAUGUCUUCGGGCAUUCAGGAUUUGCUCUCACCAGCGGAACCGUUACCUAUCCAAUCUCGGGACUUUGUCGUAUGGCAGAAGCAGCAAGGACAGACAGGGGAGCACCAACGGCAGGUUGAAUACUGGGUCAAACAACUAGAAGGAAGCCAUCCAGCCAGAUUUCUCUGCGACAAGCCACGACAGACUAUACCGUCAGGAGCAGCGGAAAAGCAACAGGUUGAACUCAGUGGGUCGCUAUAUAGAGACCUACAGGACUUCUGCAAAGUACACGAAGUGACCCCUUUUACUGUUCUGCUCACUGCGUUUAGAACGACACACUACCGUCUUACUGGUGUAGACGAUGCGACUGUGGGCACCCUGAAGGAGAGCCGGAACGGGCAAAGACCAGAGGGCAUGAUUGACUUCCUUGCCAAUUUACAAUGCAUUAGAAUCCGGAUCGAAGAUGAUCAAUCUUUCGAACAGUUGGUCCGCCAAGUGCACAGAACGACAGCGGACGCACAUGCGAACCAAGAUGUCCCAUUCGAGAAGAUCGUUUCGGAGCUGCCGAUAGAUAUUAGAGACGGGUCGACUAAUCCUGUUGUUCAACUAGUAUUCUCCUUGCACUCUAAAAAGGACCUAGGGCGAUCCACGUUCGAUAGCCUGGAGAUGGAGCAGCUGAGCGUCGUGCCGGGCUCGAGAUUAGACCUAGAGUUUCACCUGUUCCAAGAAGCAGAGUGCAUCCGUGGCACUGUUCUAUUCGCGACAGAACUUUACCAUCAACGGACAAUCAGCGGGAUGGUUGCAGUCUUCUACGAGGUUCUCAAACGAGGCCUUGAGGAGCCUCAGACACCGGUCGCCUCUCUACACCUGACCGAUGGCAGCUCCAUGCUGCGCGAGAUGGGUCUUCUUGAGAUCAAGCGCACAAUGUAUGCGCGCGAUUCUAGCGUGGUCGAGGCGUUCCAGCGCCAGGCCCUCGCUUCUCCUAGCGUCGUGGCUGUUAAAGACUCCGCCGGCGAGCUGACCUAUGCCCAGCUAGACCAAAGAUCGGGGAGGCUCGCCAACUGGCUUACACAGGCUGGUAUCCCUGCUGAAACACUUAUUGGCGUUCUUGCCCCACGGUCAUGCCAGACAAUUGUAGCGUUCCUGGGGAUCCUGAAGGCGAACCUUGCGUAUAUGCCGCUGGAUAUCAGACUUCCGAAGUCGCGCAUCGAGGCCAUCCUCUCUGCCGUCCCGGGCCACAAGCUGCUUCUUCUCGGACAAGAUGUGCCAGCUCCAGCUAUUCAGGCAGCUGAUGUCGAGUUCCUCUCUAUUGCCGACAUCCUCCACCGUUCGUCUCAGGCUGACCGGGCCUGCAAUGGACUGGCAGCGGCCUCUGUGGCUCCUUCGGCUACUAGUCUAGCUUAUGUUAUGUUCACAUCAGGAUCGACAGGUAAACCUAAGGGAGUUAUGGUUGAGCAUCGUGGCAUACUACGGGCAGCCGACGUACUGUCGCGAAUUUGGGGGGCUGUUCCAGUGGCACACAUGACCAAUAUCGCGUUUGACACGUCGACGUCGGAGAUCUACACCCCUUUGUUGAACGGAGGAACAAUAAUCUGCAUCGAUGACAUGACUGCCUUAGACGGAGUCAGGCUGGGCGACUUGUUCAACAGAGAGAGAGUCGAAGUUGCUGUUUUCCCGCCGGCCUUCUUGAAGGAAUGCCUCGUUGCUUCUCCCACCACGAUCCAAGCACUUCGAGUACUUUUUACAGCUGGAGACCGCUUGGACGCACAGGAUGCAUCCAAGAUACUUCAAUUGGUCAAAGGUGGGGUUUACAAUUCCUAUGGGCCUACAGAGAAUUCAGUGCUUAGCACAUUAUACCGUAUACUCCCGGAAGAAAGGUGUGUAAACGGUGUGCCCAUUGGGCGGGCCGUCAGCAAUUCAGGCGCAUAUGUCAUGGAUAUGCAGCAGCGUCUAGUGCCCAUCGGAGUCUUAGGAGAGCUCGUCGUCACUGGGGACGGUGUAGCCAGAGGAUACACCGAUCCGGAGAGGGAUCGCGAUCGAUUCGUGCGCGUGGUAAUCGACGGUGUGUCCGUGAAGGCCUAUCGAACGGGAGAUUAUGUGCGAUACCGGCCUAUGGAUGGCCAACUCGAGUUUUUUGGCCGCAUGGACUACCAGGUCAAGAUACGAGGACACCGUAUCGAGCUAGGAGAAGUGGAACAUGCAUUGCUUGCCUAUGAGUCCGUCGAUGACGCUGUGACAGUAGUGCGCGACGUGGAGGGUCAGGAGCCGGAGUUGGUUAGCUUUAUCACCAUCUCUGACGGUCAGGGCUUCUCUGAAUGGGAGACAGUGGACAGCAACAGUGAGCAAGGACAGGUUGAAACGUGGAGGGAGCACUUUGACGUAACCGCGUAUGCUGGCAUCGACAACAUAGACCCUAGUAAGCUAGGGAGAGACUUUGUUGGAUGGACAUCCAUGUACGAUGGGAGUGAAAUCGACAGAAAUGAGAUGGAAGAGUGGCUGGAUGACACUAUAACGGCUAUCCUCGACGGUGGUGAGCCCCGCAACGUCUUAGAAGUGGGCACAGGCAGUGGAAUGAUCCUAUUCAAUCUACCCAAAUCUCUGCAAAGCUAUGUCGGUCUUGAGCUUGCUGAACAAGCGGCAACGUUCGCGAACAAGGCGGCCCAAUCGGUACCAUCGUUACGCGGAAAGGUCGAGGUACGAGUCGGCACGGUCACGGACGUCUCUCGUACUGACAGGCUUAACUCGCCUGACCUAGUCGUGAUCAAUUCAACGGCGCAGUAUUUUCCUACUCCCGAGUAUCUACUGAAGGCAAUUGAGGACCUCCUUCGUUUGGACAGCGUCGAGCGUCUGUUCUUCGGCGACGUGCGGUCCUACGCUCUCUAUCGAGAAUUCCAAGUGACACAGGCACUACAUAUCACCAGUACAGCAACGCCGGGUGCGAUCAGACAAAAUAUGACAGCGAUAGAACGAGCGGAAGAGGAACUACUUAUUGAUCCCGCAUUUUUCACGGCAUUGGAGACUCGGCUGCCGGAUCUUGUAGACCACGUCGAGAUCCUACCCAAGAGGAUGAGGGCAACCAACGAGCUCAGCUGUUAUCGAUACGCGGCGGUGAUAUACAGAAAACACCAGAAGGAAUGGUCGCAGCCCAUCUACCAGGUCGACGAGGGGCAGUGGAUCGACUUUGUGUCGCACCAGCUAGACCGUCAGUCGCUCCUACAACUUUUGGAAUCCCUUCCGAUCACCGCCGUCGCAGCGGUGAGCAACAUUCCGUACAGCAAAACCAUCUUUGAGCGAUGUGUUCUAAAGUCACUAGACAGUGCAGCGGACGAGAAGCUCGAUGGCAACGACUGGGUUAGGUCUUGCCACGAAGCAGCAAGGAGUACUUCGUCACUCUCGGUUGUCGACCUUCACGAAGUGGCCCAUCUCGCCAAUUUUUCUGUGGAAGUCAGCUGGGCCCGGCAGGCCUCUCAGAGUGGCGGCUUGGAUGCCGUGUUCCACCGCUAUACACCUAGAAUCGCCGGAGCCAGGGUCUUGUUUCGCUUCCCUACCGACCAUCAUGGCCGGGCCUUUCACUCAUUGACCAACCGGCCGCUCCAGCAGCGGCUGAAACAAAGGGUCGAAGAGCAGCUGCGCAACAAGCUCAAGGUCAAGUUGCCAUCCUACAUGGUCCCCUCCGUGAUCCGGGUGCUGGACAAGAUGCCCAUAAAUGAUAACGGCAAAGUCGAUCGCCGAGCGCUUACAAAGAGUGCACACAUCGUGAAGGCCAAUAGAUCAUCGGCUGCACGCAUGUUGCCGCGGAACGACGUAGAGCGCGCCUUAUGCGAGGAGUUUACCAGCGUGUUGGGUGAGGAAGUUGGUAUUACCGACAGCUUUUAUGAUCUCGGUGGCCAUUCUCUUCAGGCUGCGCGACUGGUAUCCCGAAUCAACCGUCGACUGAUGUGCAGGCUCUACGUUUUUGAUCUCCUAAACUCGCCCACCCCGGCUGCGCUAGGAGAUAUAAUCCCCACAAGGAGCACCGAAGGACUCUCCGACGAGCCCACUUGGCACUUUGAACAUCAUCGUCGAUUACACUCCCGACUCACAGUCGUACUGAUUCACGGACUUUGGGGACAGGGCAGUAUCUUUUCGCCCUUGAUCCCGUUCCUAGACGAUAUCUUUGAUGUCUUGGUCAUUCAUGAUCCGUACUUUGGCCGAUCGGAUGGUCCCAAGACAAUACCCCGAUGGGCAGAGCUUUAUCUCAACCAUGUAGAGAAGCAGAUUUCUCCAGGGCAUGGGUUGAUUUUUGGGGGCUACUCUCUUGGUGGAUUGAUCGCGUAUGAGAUGGCCUCGCUGUGGCGAGUCCGACACGGCGAAUACCCAGCCUCUCUCGUCUUGUUGGACGCGGCAACUUACACGAACUCUGUACAUGACAAUGAGAGCGAAAAAGAGAUCAACUACGCUUUGACAUUGUUCGGAGAAAACCAAAAGCAACUGAUCCUGGAUCAUUUCAACAAGGUUGCACCACUGGCGGGCGAACCGAUUCAGCCACCGGAAUAUCAUGGCGAAUGUCUCUGCCUCAUAACGCCCGAAUCCGCCGCGGCCGGGGCGACGGAGUGGUGGACAGCUCGUUGCCCUGUAUUGCGGGUACAGCAUAUUGACUCUACUCAUCACGCCCUUUUGGAUGGCUCUAGGAUCAGAGCAGUCGGGCGACUCGUAAACGAACACUGCUGUCAGAUUGCUGGAAAUCUGGGACCUAUUACACCCUAA